ACCAUAAAGUAAUAAUAAUUAAUAUGUGUAACUUGUAUAAUUAUUUUUUUAUUAACAUUCACUAAAUUGUCCGGACUAAUUUUUGAUUGCUUCGGACUAAUUCCGGAUUCACUAGUUAAAAUUAACUGAUAUUAAUUUCAGACUUCAUCGGACCAACUCCGGAUUCACUAGUUGUUCACAAACCGUACAGAAUUCGGAUUUUUCCGGAUUAAUUUCGGGUGACAAAAAGAUAGUGCAGCAGCUACAGGUUCUAAUAAGGCAAAGAACGUAAAUAAGCGCCCCAGAGAAGGGGUGAGCCCGGAAAAGAGUCCUCAACAAGCGGCUCAGAGCGAAAAGAGGAUCAAGCGAAAGGAUGUUCCACAGCUUGAUUCUGAGUUGCUAGUUGGAACAAAAGAGGCGUCCUCAAGGAGUCCUAGCAAGACAUAUGCUGAGACCGUGUUGAAAGACGGAGCGGACGAUGAGGACGGCUUUAAGAUUGCUGGAAGGAGAAGGCAACGGGCUCCAAGGAAAAAGCCACCAGCAAUUAUCUAAAUUCAGAACUCUAGAAGAUGAAGAAUUGCAAAAUGCGUAUAAAAUGAACCACAGACUUUAUAGGAUGAUAAAUACAGCAACAAGCGGAGCAACUUGGUUGAAACCAAACAUCCUAAUAUAUGAUACAGUUGGUCAACGUAUAAUGUUCCUUGCCUUCUUCGUUGUGCAUUUCUUUGUACUUAAUUUUAUUAUUUAACGUUGUUGCUAGCUUUUCUUAUACGACGUUAAUUAUAAUUUUUUCCUUUGUAUAACUAUUGGUUUUUGAUUCUUUCAAAAACAUUGUUCUUUUGAGCAAUUCCACGGAAAGUGAUCUGAAAAAUUUUCUAUGAUUUUAGCGAUGAAUUAAUACUUUCCGGAUUUGUUCUUUCAAAUAAAUUAAAUACAAAUGUACAAGUUUUUUCAAAAUCUUUUCAAUUACCUCUUACUUAAAAUUUUGGUCGGUUUUUCAAAAAAUUUAUAUAACUUUUUUCCUUAACAAUAUUUACGUAUUUCUAUUUAAAAUACUAUAUUUAUUUAUUAUUUAGAAACAAUAAGAGACGCAAAUGAAAGAAAGAAAAUUUAAAAAAGUACAACUACCCUCAAGGACAGGAAGUAUUUCUUACUUUAUAGACAAUAACCAUAAAAAAAUUUCAAAUUAAUGACGCAGUUUUUUCAAAAUUUGAAUUAAAAAAAAUUUUUAAGUGAUUUUGUUAGGAGUAUUUUAAAAAAAUUAUCUUAAUCAGUUGACAAGGAAAAUAUUUGCUUACUUGUUUUGAAAAACAGACCAAAAUUUUGAAUAAAAGAUAAUUAAAAAAAUUUUGAAUAUUUUUAUUUCAUGCAUGUGAAGGAAAAAAUUCAGAAAGCAUUAUUGUUGUUGCUAAAAUCAUUGAAAAUUCUUUAGAUCAUUUCCUGCGGAAUUUUUCUUAUUUAAAGUUAAAUUUUUACUGUAAACUAAAGUUGCUGUCACUACAUUCUUUAAAUAAAUUAAUGUUAUUAAUAUGAAA